CAAAGUCGAGCGGCCGUAUUUGUCAUCCCCCCACAGUGUGAAAUUAACAUGCACACACAGUCGAAAAUAUCAAACUUUUUUACUUAUACUUAUAUAUACGUUACCACAGUACAAUUCAAUUGAUGAAACUGCUCUAGGUACCUAUAUUGGCGAAUGACACUAUAUUAGCUAAUCAUGGCUGUUAGCUAGCUCUAAUGACCGGCAUAUCCCUCUAGCUCGGUAUUUAAUUUGCCAGCGAGCUAAAUAUCGUGACGACAACAAAUCGUGGUGAGUUAGCUGACCACAGAGUACACCUGCAGGCAAACAUUAGCCAGCGUUUUUUAAUAUAACGCUUCGUUCACGUUAAGUUUCUUGUAGGAGAAAACACUUCCUGCUAACUACUCCACAUAAGACCGCAGACUCGGCGCGGAGAGAUGACGUAAAAUUUAAAUUCUGCUGAGCUGCUGCAAGAUCCCCUUCCUUAGCAGACUAAAAGGUUUCAGAAGAGAAAAACAAGGGGCGCAACCAGUGGUAACACAGACAGGACAGUCUGUGUAACUCUCAUAUUGGGGGUAAUGAGGAAUUGUUAUCUUUAACCGACAGUGCAGCUAUCAUGCACCCCUUGAGAGACGCCCAGCUGGGAGCCUUCACCUUUUUCGCAUCGGCUCUUCCACAUGAUGUGUGCGGAAGCAACGGGCUCCCUCUGACCCCUAAUUCCAUAAAGAUCCUGGGACGCUUUCAAAUACUGAAGACAAUCACGCAUCCUAGACUCUGCCAGUAUGUGGACAUCUCUAGAGGAAAGCAUGAAAGGCUUGUGGUUGUUGCUGAACAUUAUGAAAGAAGCUUGCAAGACUUUCUGAAAGAAGGCAAUCCAGUCAGCCUGGAGAAGGUGCUGCAGAUUGCAUAUGAGACACUGGAAGGACUGGAGUUCAUGAACAAACAUGGGAUGGUGCACAGAGCUCUUGCCCCUCAUAAUAUCCUCAUGGACUGUAAGGGAAAGGUGAAACUGGCCAAGUUUGGCCUGUAUCACAUGACUGACCAUGGAGCAGACGUGGACUUCCCUAUUGGGUACCCCUCCUAUCUGGCCCCAGAGGUCAUCGCCCAGGGCUCCUUCCACCCCACCGAUCCCUCGCACAGGGUGACCCCUCUGCCUUCAGGCCCGAAGACAGAUGUGUGGUCCCUAGGGCUCCUACUUUUCGAGCUCUGUGUGGGGAGACGCCUACUUCAGAGUAUUGAUAUAAGUGAGCGACUAAAGUUCAUAUUGACUUUAGGGUGCAUGGAUGACAUCAUCACAGUCCUUGCAGAGGAGCAUGGGUGUUUAGAGAGGGUAAAGGAGCUGCCUGAAAAUGUUUUAGCUUUAUUAAGGAAAUGCCUGACAUUUCAUCCAUCUAAAAGGCCCACCCCAGCAGAGCUUCUGCGGGACCCUGUGUUCGAGGGGGUCUCCUGCCUCUACACACCCUACCAGAAGCCCGUGGGGCUGUUCUCCUCCUCGCUGCGCUGCGCUCAGCUGGAGUUGCCCGAUGACAUCAGCGAGCUCUGCAAAGCUGACGGAGAUGACUACCUGUCGGAGAGGUCGAUCGAUGAGGUGUAUUACCUGUGGUGUCUGGCUGGGGGAGACCUGGAGAAAGAGCUCACCAAUAAGGGGAUUAUCCAGUCCAAGCCUCCGGUCUGCACUCUUCCCAAUUUUCUCUUGGAGGACGGCGAGUCGUUCGGACAAGGCCGGGACAGGAGCUUCCUUCUGGACGACACGACUGUCACAUUGUCUCUGUGCCAGCUCAAAAAUAGGCUGAAGGACGUUGCGGGAGAAGUGUACUACCCACUACUGGAGGACGAGCAGUCCAGUCUGCCCCACUCCAACAGCAGCAACGAGCUCUCUGCAGCUGUCACACUGCCCCUCAUCAUCAGGGAGAGGGACACGGAGUACCAGCUCCUGCGUAUCGUCCUGUUCGACAGGCUCCUGCAGGCGUACCCGUACAAAAAGAACCAGGUUUGGAGGGAGGCCCGAGUGGACAUUCCCCCACUGCUGAGAGGCCUGGCGUGGGCAGCCUUGCUGGGAGUAGAGGGAGACAUCCAAGCUAAGUAUGAUGCCAUAGACAAGGACACGCCAAUCCCUACGGACAGACAGAUUGAGGUGGACAUCCCCAGGUGUCACCAGUAUGACGAGCUGCUGUCCUCCCCACAAGGACACGUCAAAUUCCGCCGGGUGCUGAAGGCUUGGGUGGUGUCCCACCCCGACCUGGUCUACUGGCAGGGUCUGGACUCCCUUUGUGCACCUUUCCUGUACCUGAAUUUCAAUAACGAAGCCCUGGCCUACGCCUGCAUGUCCGCCUUCAUCCCCAAAUACCUGUACAACUUCUUCCUGAAGGACAACUCUCACGUCAUUCAAGAGUACCUGACUGUGUUUUCCCAGAUGAUAGCCUUCCAUGACCCUGAGCUCAGCAACCACCUCAAUGAGAUUGGGUUCAUCCCAGACCUCUAUGCUAUUCCAUGGUUCCUAACAAUGUUCACACACGUGUUCCCUCUCCACAAGAUCUUCCACCUGUGGGACACGCUCCUCCUGGGGAACUCGUCCUUCCCCUUCUGCAUCGGCGUGGCCAUCCUCCAGCAGCUACGCGACCGGCUGCUGGCCAACGGCUUCAACGAGUGCAUCCUGCUCUUCUCAGACCUGCCGGAGAUUGACAUUGAACGGUGCGUUCGAGAGUCCAUAAACCUCUUUUGCUGGACGCCCAAGAGUGCUACAUACAGGCAGCAUGCUCAGCCGCCGAGGGCUCCCGGGGACAACAACGGCUUCAGCAAGACAUCCUCCUACUUCUCCUCAGACUACCAGGACCUGCCCAAGACCGACCUGUCCCGGGAGCCCCUGAAGCUGAGUGAGCUGAAGGCCGAGGUGUCGCCACGCAUCUCGGCUGAGGACCUCAUCGACCUGUGCGAGCUCACCUGCUCCGGCCACUUCAAAACCCCCACCAAGAGGACCAAGUCCAGCAAGCCCAAGAUCCUGGCCCUGGACAUCCGCAGUAGCGAGGAUUUUAAUCGCGGUCACAUAUCGGGGAGUGUCAACAUCCCGUACAGCACAGCGUUCGGUCCGGACGGAGAGCUGGUCCCGUGUGCCGCCACCAGCACCCUGCAGAGUUUCAAAGGAAGAGUCAUAGUGGUCAUCAGCCACGCCGUGAAGACUGCCGCCAUGUUUACAGCCCACCUAGUGAAAGCCAACUACCCACGAGUAUGCAUCCUGGAUGGUGGUAUCAACAAGAUGAAGCCCACGGGCCUGCUGACUGUCCCCUCCCCACAGAUCUGAGUGCAGAGCCACAGGAUAAGGCCAGUGGGAUUGCUGACUGUUCCCUCCCCACAGAUCUGAUCUGAGACCAGUCAGGCCCAGCUCAUUUCUUAUUCAUUUCUCAAUGGGAAUAACAGGAACAUACAUUAAGUCCAACAGCCACUCUGGCUUUCCUGAAGACCAGCUGUCAGGGGAAAAUAUAAUGACUUGUCUUACUCUUAUUUUUUUAAAUCUUAUUUUUAAUUUUAAAACUUGAUUUCACAAUGUACUGCAGCAGUAUCUUAUAUUUUUAUUUUGUCUUCUAUGUACAGAAAGAGAUUUUCUGUGAUUUUUUUUUUAUCAUUUAAGGCAAAUUUCCAAUGUUUAUCCUGUUUGGCAAGAGAUGAAUACCUUUGCUUUUCAGUACCUUUUCACAGAUAGGGAUAUCUGCUGAUUGGGUGACCUUCACUGACCUCGCUCCUUUUUUGUUGACCGAAAUGUUCACACAGGACAAAUUUAAUGCGUGUUGUUGAAUAAAUCAUGUUCAAAGCUCCUGUUACUUGACAAAUGUGUGUACGUUAAGGAGCCACGUAAUCUCUGUAAUGUGUACAUCUGGCAUUUAUUGUAGAUAGCAGAGCAGGUAGGAAGUAUAAAUGGUAAUGACUACAAUGUACAUGGCACUUCUCUCCAUAGAAAAAUGUUACACUCACGGCUGUUUUACAUCGGGCAUUUUUACUCUGUGAACUUCAAUUACUGUGGCUGUUUUUUUUGCUGUGUUGACUUUUUCCUUUGCUGUUUUGCAAGAUCCCAGCAUUCACAAGAGUGCACUUACAUCUGAAGACUAACUUUGCUAAGGACAGCUAUGGCCAGUUACUGGUUUUCCAGAAUAAAAGCAG